CAUAGAACGAGACAUAUCACUCAUCACUCAAAUAGUAGUAGGAGGGGUAGGGUUACCAUGCUUCAUUUUUAACCACACCUCAUCACUGAAACUUCUCUCUCUCUCUCUCUCUCUUAGAGUCUUCUCUUCUUCCUUCACCAUUCACAGUAGUACUACAAGCUUUCUAUUUGCUCUUUCUUUCUCUCCAACUACUAGGAAGAAAGAGAAAAAUAAUAGAAAUCUAUUACUAUUGUUAUUAUUAUUUGCUUUUUUCUUGCUAGACAUUGGGGCUUUAUCCUUCUGUCUUCUCUCUCUUUUUCCGUCCUUUGUUUUCCUCCUUAGCUUGAAAAAGGUUGAAUUUUGAUCACGCCUUCAAGUAUAUAACGCUGAUUCUGAGAUACCCUUUUCAUAUUUCGAGGUCCUCUAUUCAUUGAAAAUUCUGGGGGUACCUGAAUUCGCUCAGAAAAUGAAAAAUCAUUGAUGACUUUCUCUGCUAAGUCAUUUCAGCUUUGCUAGAAUAAGAAAAAGGUUAGAGGGAAGGACAAAAGGGAAGCAAAAGUGGCUACUUUGAUGAGUUUUGGGGGGUUCCUUGAGAACAAACAAGGUGGUGGUGGUGCUAGAAUGGUAGCUGAAAUACCUUACAACAACGGUUCUUCAAACCACCACCACCACCACCACCACCACAUGGAAGCAGCAACAGCAGCGACAAUAAUGGCUUCUGGUGCAAUCUCACACCCUCAUUUGGCCAAAUCCAUGUUCAACAACUCACCUGCUCUCUCUCUAGCACUUCAGCAAACAAAUAUGGAUGGGCAAGGGGAUGUGAUGAACAAUAAUAACAGGUUGUUGGUGGGUGAUAAUAAUAAUAAUAACAAUCCUAAUACUAAUAAUAAUAAUAAUUAUGAGGGAAACAUGAUGAGCAACAACAAUGGUUUGAGAAGGAGCAGGGAAGAAGAGCAUGAAAGCAGAUCUGGGAGUGAUAACAUGGACGGUGCCUCAGGUGAUGAUGAUCUUGAUGCUGCCGACAUCAACAACAACAAACCCAGGAAGAAGCGUUACCACCGACACACCCCUCAGCAAAUUCAAGAACUUGAAGCGCUGUUCAAGGAGUGUCCUCACCCUGAUGAGAAGCAAAGGCUUGAACUAAGCAAAAGGCUAUGCUUGGAAACAAGGCAAGUGAAGUUUUGGUUCCAAAAUAGAAGAACUCAAAUGAAGACACAAUUGGAACGCCAUGAGAACACAUUACUCCGGCAAGAGAACGAUAAGCUUAGAGCAGAAAACAUGUCAUUGAGGGAAGCAAUGAGGAACCCCAUUUGCACAAACUGUGGAGGACCAACCAUGAUUGGUGAAAUCUCAUUGGAAGAACAGCAUCUACGAAUCGAAAAUGCGAGGUUAAAGGACGAGUUAGACCGGGUGUGCGCACUCGCCGGAAAGUUCUUAGGCCGGCCCAUUCCCUCAAUUGCCCCUCAUCCUCCAUUGCCAAACUCAAGCUUAGAGCUUGGAGUUGGAAACAACAAUAACAGCAACAAUGGAGGCUUUGUUGUGGGUUCAACAAUGCCAUUAGGGCCUGAUUUUGUUGGAAUGGGCAUUUCAUCAAACACCUUAGGGGUGUUAUCACCAACACCACCAAGCAGGGGAAUUGCAACAACAAAUGGGAUGAAUUCUUCAAAUACAUCAUCUGGGUAUGAGAGAUCAAUGGUUUUGGAGCUUGCAUUGGGUGCAAUGGAUGAGCUGGUGAAGAUGGCACAAAGUGGAGAACCACUUUGGAUAAGGGGAAUGGAAAUGGGAGGAAGGGAAGUGUUGAACCAUGAAGAGUACAGUAGAACAGUGACACCUUGCAUUGGUUUGAGACCCAAUGGGUUUGUCUCUGAGGCUUCUAGGGAAACUGCCAUUGUCAUCAUCAAUAGCUUGCCUCUUGUUGACACUUUAAUGGACUCAAAUCGAUGGUCAGAAAUGUUCCCUUGUAUGGUUGCAAGAACUUCUACAACAGAAGUGAUAUCUAGUGGAAUAAAUGGAACUAGAAACGGUGCACUUCAACUUAUGCAAGCUGAACUGCAAGUGCUUUCACCACUGGUUCCUGUUAGAGAGGUCAAUUUUCUAAGAUUUUGCAAACAACAUGCAGAAGGGGUUUGGGCUGUGGUUGAUGUGUCCAUAGACACCAUUAGAGAACCUUCUUCUGCUGCACCAACUUUUGUUAGCUGUAGAAGACUCCCUUCUGGUUGUGUUAUACAAGACAUGCCUAAUGGUUACUCUAAGGUGACAUGGGUGGAGCAUGCAGAAUAUGAUGAAAGCCAAAUCCACGAGCUGUAUAGGCCAUUGGUGAGUUCAGGAAUGGGGUUUGGUGCACAACGUUGGAUUGCAACUCUUCAACGCCAAUGCGAGUGCCUAGCCAUCUUAAUGUCCUCUGCUGUUUCCCCUCCUGAACACUCUGCAAUAACAUCGAGUGGAAGGCGUAGCAUGCUGAAGCUGGCGCAACGCAUGACCAACAACUUCUGCGCCGGUGUUUGUGCCUCAACGGUGCACAAAUGGAACAAGCUCAACGCCGGCAACUUCGGCGAAGACGUGAGGGUGAUGACAAGGAAGAGCCUUGAUGAUCCUGGGGAGCCUCCUGGGAUCGUCCUGAGCGCAGCCACAUCCGUGUGGCUGCCAGUCUCGCCCCAGAGGCUCUUUGAUUUCCUCCGCGAUGAGAGGCUGAGGAGCGAGUGGGACAUACUUUCCAAUGGCGGACCCAUGCAGGAGAUGGCUCACAUUGCCAAGGGACAAGACCAUGGCAACUGUGUUUCACUACUACGAGCCAGUGCUAUGAAUUCAAAUCAGAGUAGCAUGUUGAUAUUGCAAGAGACAUGCACAGACGCGUCUGGGUCGCUUGUAGUGUACGCGCCAGUGGACAUUCCAGCCAUGCAUUUGGUCAUGAAUGGUGGUGACUCGGCUUACGUGGCGCUUCUGCCAUCUGGAUUCGCCGUUGCACCUGACGGAUCCGGUGGCAGAAACGACCAGAAUACUGUGUCACAAUCAGGAGGUGGGUCACUUCUCACGGUGGCAUUUCAGAUACUCGUGAACAGCCUCCCUACGGCGAAACUCACGGUGGAGUCGGUGGAGACGGUGAACAACCUCAUCUCAUGUACGGUUCAGAAGAUAAAAGCGGCACUUCAAUCCGAGGGUUGACUGUCACGUGACGCAAUAUUCGGUCGCGUGAGUCCUUUCUUUUUAUUUUUUCUUUUUGUUGGUUUAGAAGAUUAAUUAAUUUACAUUGAGUAUUUAUUUUAUGUACCAGCAUUUGUGUAGAUUAUGAUUGUAAUAGGUGGCGCGUGUGAAAGACGCGAGGGGUGAGGGGUGUUUGAGUCAAGAACGAACCGCGCGUGGAGAAGAAUUCCUUGCAUGGUGGUAAGGAUCCGAGUUUGUGGGUUAUAGGAUCCUUAACACAAGGCAAGGGUGGUGGUUCGGGUAUUGACUUGGGUCGACCCUUUGUUUAAUUAAACAAUGAUCAAUUAGAAAAGUGUAAAAAAAAGAAAAGAGUCGAAAUGGUAAUAUUUAUAUUUAUUGGUACAA